CACUCAAACUCAGCCACGGGGGUGCCGCUUCGCCCUCCCCCGGCGUGCGUGACAGGUACGACGGCGUCGCGAACACGGCGACCGACCGCAGACGUGACCCGGGGUCAUUCCGUUUGUGGCGUUGGACGUGAUGCAAUGCUCUGUUUUCGCGAACGUAACGCCGCCCACGACAGCAACACCGGCACACGGGGAUCGAGGACGGUGCCCACGGGCGUAGCCUAGCUCGACGGCUAACGAGCUCGCCUAAUGUGUGGAGCGGUAGCCAUUGUUUGAGUUGUUGGCUAACAUGGCAACGUCGGCUAAGGACAGCAGCGUCCGCUAGACCGUAGCUCUCCGCCUUGCUGUUCACGUUGUGGUCAUCCCACAUAAUGAGUGACGGUCCGCCGUCCAGGAAGCGCAACCUGCCCCUCUCUCCCUCAGCUUUGUGCACACCUCCACUUUGGCUACCAUCCUAAAGCCCCCACGCCCUCCUUCCCUCCCUGCCCGGCCGAGAUGACCGACAGGAAGGAGCCUCCCUUCUUUAACGGCAACCGCGUGGGAGCUUUUCACCACAAGCUUCCUCUGUACGACCCCAUGGAGCUGUUCAUCGAGACCCUGACCGGGACGUGUUUCGAGCUACGCGUGUUGCCUUUUGAGGCCAUCAUCUCAGUGAAGGCCAAGAUCCAAAAGCUUGAAGGCAUCCCAGUUACCCAGCAACACCUCAUCUGGAACAACCUGGAGCUGGAUGAUGAACACUGUCUCCACGAUUACGGCAUUGCGGAGGGCUGCACUUUGAAGUUGGUCUUAGCGAUGAGGGGAGGUCCCAUCAACACCAGAAGGGUAACCAUGGAGGAUCCCGUGAAAGAGGUGGCGGACUCGAUGGAGGGCACAAAGGAGGGAGGAUGGGAGAAGAGCUCGGCCAACAAACAGGUCACGUUUGUGGUCUACCGUGAAGGCGAUCAGCUCAACUUCUUCCGGGUGGUGGACAGGGGAGAUGGCUCCCUCACGCCUCUGUCUGAAUCGCUCAGUGGCGGCUCAGUGUACAACAUGUGCACUGAGGGGGACGGCGGCAGCGGCGGCGGCGAGCGCUCCGCUGCUGCGCAGAGCCUGGAGAACUCCAUCACCAUGAGUAAAAUGAAACUGCUCAAGGCCAAGAUGGAAGACAUGAACAUCAACAAGAAGCCGAAGAAAACGAGUAAGGCAAAGCCACGUCCUCCCGUCGGCCUCCAUCCCUGCGGCGGCGGCCACCCGACGCCUUCCGUCACGCGUCUCCAUCAGCGCCUCAUGCGUUCGCUCCCCCCGAUUCGCCAGUCCACCGGACACCUGCCUCCCAUAGCGGACCAAGAACUCCCGGACCCUUCUCCGCCUGCCGCUUCCACUUCUUCCCAGUUGCCCGCCCCGAGACAAGCGCCUUCCUCUUUCUCUUCGCCGCCUUGCUACAUUCUUCAGGAGGAGGAGCCGUGGGAGUCGUGCCCGCCUUUCGCAAAGAUUCGGCCCCCUCCCAAAGUCUCGCGUUUGGACAUCAGCGGCACCAGACUGAUGAGGGACUGCGUGUACCCUCAGCUCCCUCCGCUGUGCACCAGGGGCGCGCCCGAAGCCGCGUUCGACCCGCUUAAGCCGGUCGGCGAGGCGGUCGGAGUGAGUUUACUGGAGGAGGCCGGCAGGCAGGCCGCCGCUUCAUUCGGCGAGCUGGCGGACCCCCUGAGUUUGGAUCUGUCCCCUCAAUCGGAGGAAGCCUGUCUCGCCUUCGACGUCGGGGCGCCGCACCAACUGCCGCUGGCCCCCUCCCCUCUCAGCACUUGGACACUCGGGAACGGCGGCGACACCCUGACCAGCCGAGCGGAUCUAACGCAGCUCGGCGCUUCCUUCCAUUUAAGCCCGCCGUCGGCCCCCACCUCCCCGCAGCCACGUUUUCAGCCCUUUGACGCCACACUCCCCCUUCAAGUCCAUUCCGCGGCACAGGUGAAGCCGGGCAGUCCUUCCCCUCUCCCGUCCAUGGUGUCCAGCCACGCGGCGCGCCUGCGGGGCGUCAAGUUGGAGUCGCCCGGCAAGAGGCCCGAGCUUCUCUCCAAGAGGGAAGCCAGAGGCGUCGCCAAGAUGGCCAACCAAACUUGUCGAGAGCAACUGGGCUCCCUGAGCAACUCGCCGCUCGUGGCUUCUCUCUCUGCCAGGCCCGUCGACGGAAGCGGGGCGAGAAGAGGUGGGCUGGGCCUUCCCCUGCCCCCUGCCACUCCCGUGGGACAGAGCAUCCUGGGUUCCAGGCUGCCGGGCCUCCCUCAGGAGGACCCCGCGCGACACCGAGCGGCAGCCUCCGCGAACACGGUCAACAAAUGUCUGGUUUCCGGCGGGGGAGUCAUGCCUCCAUUCGGGAGAAUUGGAACUCCUAUGUACCACCUACCUCCAGUCAAGACCCCCGCGGGUGCCAAGAAGAAGACUUCCAAACACUGCUUCCUUUGCGGCAAGAAGACCGGCCUGGCCACCAGCUACGAGUGCAGGUGCGGCAGCAAUUUCUGCGCCGCCCACCGCUAUGCAGAGACGCACGAGUGCUCGUACGACUACAAGGGGACAGGGAGGCGCUUCCUGCAGGACGCCAACCCGCUCGUCAGCGCUCCCAAGCUGCCCAAGAUCUAGAAAGCUCCUUCGAGAAAACCUCCCGUCAAACUAAGGAGAACACGUUCAGCCCGAGACGGGCUGAAUAUUAUUCACCGACGUGUGCUUUGUUUUUUUUUGUGCGUGUGUACCGUUAUUUCGUUUUUUUGUUUUGUUUGUCCCCCUCUCAGCCAAGCUUGAACUCUCCUAUGGAAAAAAAAAAGGUGUGGACAACAAACAGCAGAUGAUCAAUGUGAAAAUAUUUUAUUUGUUCAAUGAAUCCAUUGAAGUGUGCACGUAUGUAGGUUGUUUGCUGCAAAAUUAUCUGCUGCAUGUUCAGACAUUUCACUCCACCCCAAAAUAAAUAAAACCGCUGAUUGAGUUCCAUUGGGCACGUCUUGGUCAGAUGCACUUUAGAAAUAUCAUACUUACAUUUUUAUUCUCAGCUGAGGGGUCUUUUUUUAUUAUUGUCUCAUGAAGUGUUGUCUUUUUUUUUCCUUUUUUUUUUCUGUCUUGCACCUAAAACGUCUUGUCUUGUUACGGGCCCAUACAGAUGACCACACAAAUGAACUACGACCAUCAGUGUUGAAAGUAUUUAUUCAUGGAAUAUUUAAAUUCAAAUAUGCAGUCAGUGUCUGUGUGAAUGCCAGUUAUAAUUGUGUGUAAUUGAGAAAGCGGGGGGGGGGGGUAUUUCAAUGUCUUUUUCGGCAGUACGGUGGUUGCCAUAAGAAUCUUUUGUAUUUUGUCUUUUUUGGCUUGUUUUUUUUUUUAAUGCUCAGCCGUUAGCAAAAAUUUCCAAUGCUGUCAUCAUAUCUGAAGGGGUUUGACUUUAAAUAAAGUUUCUUUCCAAACCUUCAGAUACAA